UGGUGAACACAGGUUCAUUUUAACUACACCGUGGUACAUUCGAGUGGAAGUGAUUCGGUGUGUAGUUAGGAUACCUCACUGACUUGGAUGCGGUAAAAUGGGGGAUUUCCAAAGUUUUAAGUUUGAAAACUCCAUACCGGAUAUAUGUCCUGAAACCCAACUAAACUUCAGGAAGUUUCUACAGGCUGCUGGGAUUGAAAAUAUGUUAAUAAAAGAUGGUCGUAGGAUAUCAGACACUGAAGUUUUGAACGAAAUUAGAAAGGAAGUCGCUGUUUUGUCUAUGAGCGACGAUGACGGGCGGACAUCAUUGAUUCCAGCUUGUAUAAACGGUGAUUCCGAGGCCGUGAAAAUGCUCAUUGCAUCGGGAGAGUGCGAUGUUAAUGAAGUUGCUCCUGAUGGAGAGACCGCACUCACUUGUGCUAUAUCUUCUAACUCAGUGCAGAUAGUAGAGAUGCUGUUAAAACAUGGGGCUGAUCCAAAUUUUCGUGGCAAGAAGAUCGAAUGUACACCACUGAUGGAAGCUGCCAGCGUUGGAUACGCGGAUAUUGUCAAAUUACUGUUAGAACAUGGUGCAUGUGUUGGUCAGAAAUCAAACACUGGAAAUACUGCACUUCAUUAUGCAGCAACAUCCGGGCGUUUGGAAUGCGUUUGCCUAUUGCUACAGUACAAUAGCCCAAUGGAAGUGCAGAACGACACCGGACAUACACCUCUAAUGGAAGCAACAAGUAACGGUCACGUGGAUGUUGCUCGUUGUCUUAUUAAACAUGGAUGUGAUAUCAAUUCUCAUUCAGCUGAAUUCAAGGAAUCUGCUCUUACAUUAGCAAGCUAUAAAGGUCAUGCAGAAAUGGUUCGUUUUUUGUUAACUGCUGGAGCUGAUCAUGAACACCGUACUGAUGAAAUGCACACUGCUUUAAUGGAGGCCGCAAUGGAGGGACAUGUUGAAGUUGCUCGUUUACUUCUUGCACACGGAGCUAACGUAAACAUACCACAGGAUAGUUUCGAAUCGCCCUUAACUUUAGCAGCCUGUGGAGGUCACACUGAACUUGCACAUCUGUUGAUUGGUUAUGGAGCUGAUAUUGAAGAAGUUAAUGAUGAGGGAUAUACACCUUUAAUGGAAGCUGCAAGAGAGGGUCAUGAAGAAACAGUUGCUCUCUUGCUUGCAGUAGGUGCUGAUGUAAAUUCAAGAACGGAAGAGACACAAGAAACUGCACUUACACUGGCGGCAUGUGGUGGAUUUAUAGAGGUUUGUGAAAUGCUGUUAAAUGCUGGUGCUGAUAUCGAAGUUGGUGGGGUUGGUUGUUCCACUCCUUUGAUGGAAGCUGCUCAAGAAGGACACCUGGAACUUGUCCGUCGGUUAUUAGAACGUGGUGCAGCGGUCAAUGCGGUCACUGCAACUGGAGACACAGCACUUCAUUACGCAGCAGAGAACGGACACGUAAAAGUAUGUGAAAAGUUACUAGAUUGGGGAGCUGUUUUUGGAGCUAUGACAGAAGGUGGACGGACUCCUUUAAUGAAGGCUGCAAGAACGGGUCAUUUGGAAGUUGUCCAAUUGUUUCUGGAACGUGGAGUGGCCAUUGACCAACCUACUUCACAAAACGACGCUAAUGCCUUAUCAUUAGCAUGUAGUGGUGGGCAUGCAAAGAUGGUCGAGUUUCUUUUGCAACAUGGUGCUGACCCACAAUAUCAGCUAAGAGAUGGUUCUACGAUGUUAAUUGAAGCCGCGCGUUCUGGGAAUCCAGCUGUUCUGCGACUUAUUUUGGAUUAUCCUAAGUGUCUUAGUCAGCCAUCAUCGAUGCUUCCUAAUGCUUCCGUUCAGCUUGUUGCCAAUACUUUGAAUCAGCACCCAAUACAACACCCAUUUUCUCAUGAUCAGCGCUCCGCAUAUCAGUCACUCGUUAGUGGUGUGUCUCCGACUGGUAAUGUCAUAAUGCCACCACCACCACCGCCUUUACCUAUUGCUGUCUCUGGCGUAUCCAGCGUGGAUUUGUGUCUUGAUCCAUCUCAUUCGCAUCUACAUCAAACUCAUUCUCACUCCUGUCAUUCACAUCAGCAGUUGUCUUUCCAAUCACCUAACUUACCUACUUCAAACAAGUCAAGUCAACCUACAACUCAUAUAAAUGCGGCUCUUGCUAAUGCGUAUGCUGUCGGAUGGGCAGCUGGAGCUGCUGCCUUAGUACAUCAGCAGCAACAACAGCAUCAACAUGUAAUAACUUCAUCUACAUCUAGUUCAGUGGAUACGCCUAUGCUUAUAUGUCCUCCAACGAAUUCUAUUUAUUCUCAUGCUCACACAUCUGUACCACUGCAUGAACAGAUUUUGUUAUCAAACAGUAAUACCUUCGAAAUACUCCCUGCAGCAUCAGUAUCAACUAAUGUAUCAUGUACCACCUUACCUUCAAACUGUUCGAUUACAGCUCAUAAUGCUCAUUUAAAUUUUCAAACCACCUCUGUCACUGCUGCUGUUAAUCCCGUUACUGGAAUGACUAGUGUCCAUACUGUAUUAACUCAAGCAACUUUAGGAGCCAGUGGAACAGGGCAGUCAUCUAGCACGACAAAUAGUAUUGGCAGUAUUAGCGGAGGUAGUUCAACUAGCAGUGGUAGCAGCGCUUCGUCAAUGGUUGCUGGAUCUUCGAUUGACUUGACAGAUGAUUUCAGUGCGGGUCUUUUGGCGCUAUUCCAAGAACUUAUGCCUGACUUGAAGGCAGACAAAGAUGAAUUGAUCAGACGGUUUGAAGCUGUAAUGUGUCCUUUUAGUGCACUUCGCGCAGCUCGCACUGCUAUCAGUCAGCAAAAUGGAGUGAGUGUAGAUUCUUCUGCAGCAGCAAUAGCAAUGAGUACUAAUGCUGCUGUGUUGGCACUGAGCAAACUUAUUGACCAGCAGUCACACUGUCAUGUUCACUCUUCGUUUCCUGCCAAUGGUUGUGAUAUUAUUGAACAUCUCUCACCCAGAUGCAUUCAUACUUCUACGGUUGACGCUGUCUUAUCAAAAACCACACAAUGGACUGGUCUUCUUUCAACUACUUGCGAUGCACAAUUUGCAGAAACACUUCCUUUUUCCACGGAGUGCGGAACGUCAUUCAACAAAACUAGUGAUCAACCAGACCUUACUGAUUCCGAUAAUCAGAAUUUUGCUGCAAACAUAACACCAAUAAUGUCUUCGUGCCAUUCAUCAUGUUCUGCUCUAUCAACAUCCGAAUGUUCUUUGUCUUCUGUUCACGCUGCAAGUUCUUUGUGCCGCGUUAACACAACUACCUCAACAACUGUCGAAUCUGUUUUGCCAGCAUUAAAUUCCUACGAUUAUGGAUUGGAUAAAGCAUCUGAUAUCCUAGAAUCUUGCAUUGAUUCUUCCUAUUUAAGCAACUUGGUAGAUGCUGUUGGUCUUCCAACAUCGCAAUCUGUCAUGCAUGAAGCUGGUUUAAAUCCUGACAUGCUAACAUGUUAUCGUCAUUACCACCAUCCUGGAUCACAUUUUGCCUGUGCAUUUGAUGCAGCAGCCACGUCAGCUUCAGUAGCCAAUUUAAGUCAUAUUGGUGUUCAUAACAAUGUUCAUCAUCAUCACCACCACCAUCACCAUCAUCACCAUCCAAUGAAUGUUUCAACCUGUGGCGAUAAUUUGGUCAGCUCUACUAAUUUGCUUCAUGUUCCCCAGCAACCGUCCAGCCUUUCGAUAGACAGUUUAAUGGCGAACCAAACAGGAACUAUGGCAUUCAACCCUUCUGUUCCAGUCGCGGCUCAACACUCUGGACAUUCAACAUUACUACCAGUUAGUGGAAGUAGAGUGUUGCCUGUGGGACCUCAAUCCAUAUUGUCGACUGGCGGUGCUCCUGUGAAUAAUCAUAGUUUGUCACCAAAUAAUAUGGCUGCAGUCGCUCCUAACAAUUUACCAGUGCUGACUCCUUUGCAUGUGCCAUCUUUAAUAGAUGUUAAUGCAUGUAUUGAAUCCAGUAUGGAAACUGCCCUUACACUAGCAUGUAGUGGGGGAUUUGUUGAUCUUGUCCGUCUAUUGCUUGAACGUGGAGCUGAUAAAGAGCAUCGUGACAAAAAGUCACAUACACCGCUUCAUACAGCAGUGUGUGCUAAUCAACGUGCAGUCGUUGCAUUGUUACUGGAAUAUGGUGCAGACAUAGAGGCACAAGUAGAUCGUACAAAGGAUACAGCUUUGUCCAUCGCGUGUUCUCACGGAAAAUUAGAGAUUGUCGAAGAAUUAUUAAAUCGUGGUGCUAACAAAGAACAUCGGAAUAUAUCUGACUACACCCCACUGAGUUUAGCUGCCUCUGGAGGAUUUGUUGAGGUUAUUCAAUUGCUUUUACGACAUGGUGCUGAAAUAAACUCAAGAACUGGGUCGAAGCUUGGUAUAUCUCCUCUUAUGUUGGCAUCCAUGAAUGGGCACACUGCAGCAGUCCGUUUACUUCUUGAACAUGGGUCGGAUAUAAAUGCCCAUAUUGAAACUAACCGUAACACUGCUUUGACUCUAGCAUGUUUCCAGGGUCGCUAUGAAGUAGUGCAGCUGUUGGUUGAACGUAAGGCUAACAUAGAACAUCGUGCAAAAACUGGUCUUACACCCUUAAUGGAAGCUGCAUCUGGUGACUAUGUGGACGUUGGAAGGAUUUUGUUGGACCAUGGUGCUGACGUCAAUGCAUCACCAGUGCCAAGUUCUCGAGAUACAGCUCUUACUAUUGCUGCAGAUAAAGGAAAUGCUAAAUUCGUCAAUCUACUUUUGGAAAAAGGUGCAGUCGUCGAAGCACGAAAUAAGAAGGGUGCUACGCCAUUAUGGCUAGCUUCUAAUGGUGGUCACGUUGAGGUCGUCCAAAGUCUCAUCCAGUACAAUGCAGAUGUUAAUAGCCAAGACAAUAGAAAAGUCAGUUGUUUAAUGGCAGCCUUUCGUAAAGGUCAUAUUAAUGUGGUGCGAAUGUUGGUCCAAUACGUCACCCAGUUUCCAUCUGAUAAAGAUUGCACAAGACAUAUCAAAACGGCUGUAACAGAUAAGGAAUUGGCCAAGCGCUGUCAACAGUGCAGAGAAAUCAUUAUAGCUGCUAAAGAAAAACAAGAAGGUGAAGCAAAAAAGAAUGCCGAUUGUCUUUUGGAGCAAAUUGAACAAGAGGAAGAGGAACGCGCCAAUCGUGAAGCAAUGCAAGCACGUAAACGAGAAAGAAAACGCAUGAAGCGUAAAGCGAAACAGGAGAAAGAACGUCAAGUGAAAACUCCAAAUCCAGUAAAAUCUGCCCAGAAAACAUCACAAGUCAAUACAGCUACUGAAGCUGGGAGAAACCAACAUAAUGUUCAGGAUCAUGAUGAACAGUCUAGCACCGAGCACAGUCCCACACUGUCACGUGUUUUACAACAUGCACAGGAAUCUGCACUUUGUGACCAGUUAUCAAACACUGUCAUCGAUGAUUUAGAAGAUGAUCCAUGUUCUUCAUUUCUUAAUCCUUCUCGGUCACCUGUUGCUUCAAUUCACGUGGCGUCAGAACCUAGCAAGUCAUCUAACCACGAAGUGAAUAAUGAUGUGCACCACCCUAGUGCUGAAACCUCACCGAAUAUUAAUGAAAAGCCCGGUGUUCAGCAGGACUCAGAUUCUGCUGCUAAUAGCUAUGGUUCACAAGAUCCUGAAUCCAACGCAGCUGCCUUAACAGAGGCGAAACGUGAAAAGCAUCGAAAUAAAAAACAGAGCCAGAGAGCAGCCAAACGUGCAGCUGCUGAAAAUAAUGCAGUUUCCAAUUCCGACAAAGCAAGUAAAUCGCCUAGUCCUGAAGUUCAAGAUCCGGAUAACUCUGUGCUGCCUUCAUGCUAUGCAAUUUCUCCAAGUGGUGAUGAGGAGAACUGGAAUCUACUUAUUGAAUCACAGGACGCUCAUUUCGACCAAUAUUUAGAUAUGGAGAAAAGUCCAGUAGGUAUGAACGAUUCUAACUCUUGGACUGUCGUUGUACCAUCGAGUAGUACACGAUCUCAGCGCACUACUGUCGGUACGAAUGCAUCUACUCGCGUGCCUCAUGAAACAACUGACUGGAAGACGACUAGUUCUGGUAACAGUUCUUAUAAACGACGACUUUCUAUUCCUGUUUCAAGACAUGAUAUUGGUAAAGUUAUAGGUCAAGGUGGAGCUGUUGUUAGUGCCUUAAGAAAUAUGAGCGGGAUUCAGAUAGACAUCGAAAGUGCUCGCAACGAUGAAGUAACGGAGCGUAUGGUUUAUUUAAAAGGACCAGGUGAAGCUGUUCAGCGUACCUAUGAAACCAUUCAAGGGUUGCUUGACGGUUCUAUUGCCGGUAAUGAUGUUCUUCUCAUGUAUAAUGCUUUGAAAAAGUCUUCUACAUUACCUUCAAGCAUGCCUGUUUCCAAUACUGUUCUAAACUCCCUUACUUCCAGGUUAAAUGGGAUGACUACAGUGACAGUAUCAAGUACAAUGAAAAGUGGAUCGACUAACACAAAGGGUGUAAACCCAAACGGCAAAACUGCUCGCAAAACUGGCAAAUCUGUUAAUAACGCUUUAAUAGCGAAUACUACACGAUCUACCUCAACUCAACCAACUCCACUUCCUGUAGUUAACAAAUCCAAUAAGACACCCGUAGUAUCCACCGUCUCUUCCAACAACAAUAAUAACAACACCUUUUCCAAUACUACAGUCCCUUUGUUGUCAGUAACUUGUCCGAGCCUUGCAAACGUCAAAGUCCCGUCUUCGGGAUCGACGAGUUGGAGUUCAAAAGUCAUAAAUACCAGUUCCUCAAAAGGAAACUUCGCUUCCGUCGCUGCAGCGGGAUUAAAUACACAAUCGACACGUGUUGUUAAACCAACAGACAACCAAACGAAAAAUGGACGCAGCCAGUUAAAGACUACAGUGCCAAAUCUGAUUUCUGCACCACCAGCAGUCUUGUCAGGAUCCACAGCAACACCUGUAUCAUUAUUGUCUCUCAAUUUGUCUUCGUAUCCUUCUAGUAGCCAUAUGUUCCCAGAUUUCAUUCCUUCCCUUUCUAAUACCGGGGACUUCGCUCCUGAGUGUCUGGAUGAAUCGAGUUUUCCUCCUCUGAGUGCUUCUAAAUGCACUAAAGUUUCACAACUAAAAACAGCCACUACAUCAUCAAUAUCCUCGGCUACCACGUCAAAUACAAGGGAUUCUUGUAUGUCUAAUAUACAGAUUUCCACUUCAUGCGCUACCAUAUGUCCUUCUGAGGGCGUCGAACAGGAAAAAGUAAACACUUCAUCCAAUAGCUUAACAGAUAUGCUUUCCGUCAGUGUUUUUGACAGUUCUGUUCCCACUGUCCAUACGGUAUCUACUUCAAAUUCAUUCCCACUUACGGGACAUUCUGCCACUUCACCUCCUAAUUAUGAUCCUUUGACAGUAUCUCCUCCCAGCGGAGUUGCAAACACUUCUCAACCAAAUACUCCAGCAGGAUCUGGUGGAAUGAAUCCACCAGCUACGCCACCUACAGCCACCCCUCAAACGAAGUCGUUUGCCAGAGCUCCAGGUUCUGAGCGAAGCGCUCAUCAAAGAAGUGCAAACAUAACCGUAACAUCCGCUGCAAUUAGUUUAACCGAUUCUUUUCCACCAUCACUUUUAUCCUUGGAUGUUAAUGGUAACACAAAUGUUUCUCUUAACAAUGAGUCAAGUGACACUACGCUUUUUACACCUACCAAGCGAGCUAUUGCUUCUGACCUUCAUAACUCUGACUUCCGUCAUGAUUCAAUUUCCAACCAUUUUCGAUCAGAUAGGUCAUGUAGUUGGCAAACUUCUGAUGCGUCGGUAACGUCUUUACCACCAUCUGCAUUCACAGCAAUCCCGAGUACAUUAGCUUCCAUAUCGACAAGUAUGGAUAACUCUACGAUGGGUAGUCAUUCGGCUACGGAAUCUGUAACCAAUGUUUCUCAAGUUCGCAACACUAUGGAUACACUUAGUUCUAUGCCAACACUUUGGCCAGUUCAGACAGCCGAUUUAAACUCGAAUUCACUGGCGUUUCAACCAUCCUUCCAGCCACUUAACCAAAUAUCUACCAGCUUAAAAGCCAGCACCGAUACAACAGACUCACUGAUGCAAACAUCCUUACUGCGAAGUGAUUUCACUAGUCAUGGUGCAAGUGAUCACUACUCUCUUCAAGGGUCACAGUCUGGUAUAUUACGUCAGAUGACACCUCAAACAUGUCUCCAAAAAUCACAUAUACAAACUACUCAACAGCAAGUUCAGAAUGGCAACGGAACAGGUUUAAACGUGUCAAGUGCAGCUAAUGUAUUGCCGACAACUUCUGCACAUAAUUCUCCUAGUGCAUCUUUGCGAUCUAAGCCACCAAUAUCUGGUACAUCUUCUGGAUACUUAGAUUCAAGACCAGCCGUUCUAAAUGGAUACCCAAAUAACAUAUGCGCUCAACCAACAUCCAUGCCUUUAAACACUCAGUUUUCCUCGAUAUUUCCAGUAACACAGCAGCAGUCCGUGCCCCUACAACAGCUUACACUGAGUCCAGGUACUGUUUCGGGUUUGAAUCACCAGUCUGCAAGUGGUUUAUCAACACGACUGGGUAAUUCGUCUCAUCCUAUGGUUAACCAAGCCCAAUUCGCAAUGUGUUCAUCUGGUUCGGGUGGUUCUUUCACUCCACCUCCAUUCAUGCCUGGUUAUGUCCAACCUAAUAUGCAACCUGUGUGUAAUGCUGCAUCAGUUAUCCACCCAAAUACAAAUUACGCGUCUCAUUUACUCAAUGGUAAGCACUCAUGUAUUUUAUUCACUGGUUUUGUGAGUUAAUGGGUUUAGUUUAUACUAUGCUAAAAAUACUAACAGAUAAGUGAGGAGUGUUUCUGCAAACUGCAUGCAAAUAUAGUUCGUCGUUCAAGUUUCAGUUCUAGUGUAUUCCUGAAUAUUAAGUUAAGGUUUGUUAUUCUUGGUUCACUAAUCACUUGAUUUUCGUAACAAAUUUCCUAAAAUAUACAAACAUAAAACAUCACUUAGACUCAAUAGGAACUCAGGAAACAGUUUUUCUGACGAACUUAUUUUCUUGGUUAGUUAUGUUCUAAGGGCUCUAUCACCAAGUCAGAUUAGCUGAAAGCAGUUCACUCCAUUCCUCUAAAUGACUGGCAAAUUGCGUUGUAACACCGGUACAUAAUUGUGCCGAACUAGUUGGAACUAAAGCAAUUUCAAGUGAUUUUAUUCAGAGGUCAGUCCUUAUUUCAUGGAUUUUUUCGCCUGACAAUUUAUUAAUAUUUCCCAUUAAAUUUCUCCUUUAGUGGAUUAUCUUUUUUUAUUAAAACCUAAGUUUUAAUUUAUUCUAGGUUUCGGGUCGUCGCCACAUGUUGGAACAGCCUGUACUCCGACGGUUGGGAGCGGAGUUCAUUUAGGUAUCCCGUCAAGUGCAACACAGGGUUCCAUCGCUAUACAACCAAUUGGUGCUGAACGUCGCCGACAAGCUAAUACUCUUGCUUCUAUCACGUCAUCAAGCAUGAUCUAUCCUAAUAUGUCAAGUAAUAGUAGUCUUGCUGGACCAAUGAACUCUGCUACACAAGUUAUGGGCAACCCAUUGGCAGCAAUGCAUCCUCAAGCUUCUUCUCCACAACAGUGUUCUGUUAAUUCUAACGCUAAUAGUUUGCUAAUGGCUUUCACGAUGAAUUGGAUGCAACAACAACAACAGCAGCAGCAACAACAACAACAACAUUCAAGCUUGGUUAGUGGAUCUACUGGAACAGCUAAUCCACCCACAAACUGGCCUCCAUCAAUCUGGCCCGCUAAUAAUUUAAACAGCAACUUUCCUGUAACUUGUCCACCGAUUAAAGUUCCCCCUGGAAAUCCGAGUGAAAUUAACAUCUAUAAUAAUUCAGCAAUGCUUCCCAACACUUUACCUACUGUUAAUGGGGUCACAGGACAACAACAUCAACAAUCUCUAAUGGCUGCAGCUAUGGCAGCGAUGGCAAAUAUGUACCCUUGGAACAGUAAUGGUAACGGUGGAAACUCUGGUCUGAUGAGUGGAGUGUCUGGUGUAUCAACAGCUGGCUCGAAUCGCUGGGUUUGUCCUCAAACCAGUACUGCGUUUCCUGGUGUUAAUCCUCCAACUUCCCAGCCGUUCUAUCAAGAACAGUAUCCUACACUGAAGCCUAGUGGAGGUCCUAACAGCGGUAUUCAUCCGGGCUCUUCCCCUCACUCUUAGCUGAUAUUUCUGGAAUGAAAGUCACAUAUAACUAAUUCGAAAUUAUAAUUCUUUGGUGUCGAUUAAUUUAAUCUUUCAACUGAACAAAGUUUGUUUCUGUCGCGUUUUUUCUAAAACCAUAGUUUUUAAUUUGAAAUAAUGCAAGGUCCCUCCUUUUAUGAUGAAGAUAAUUAGGGUUUGUCUCAGUAAUAUUUGCUAUGAGAAUCGAUUUUUAUGCUUGGUUCUCUGCGUUCUGUAUUUAUUUUGAUUUGAUUUCAGGGUCGCUUCCCGGUUGCAAGCUGCCUGCAUUGAUGAUCAUAAGUUAUUUCAAUCUAAUUACUUUUAGCACUCUUUUGCAUCAUUAUACCUUUGCAUCCACUCAUUGGUUGCUUGUUUCUUGUAAUCUUAAACAGCCUUGAAUUCAGUGAUAAUUUAUCAGUCGAAUUCUUGAUAGAUUGUAAUAAUUUAUCCUUACCAUUUUAUUACCUUGUUAUGUUGAAUGGAUUACUUUAAUAAAAUUAAGGUUUUAAUGCUGCAAUCCAUUAUAAAUAUUUUCAUUUUAUUGCAGUACUUUAUCUAUUCUUAUAUCAUUUUGAUCAAUGCUUGUCUUUCGUAUUCUCCUGAUUCUGCUGUGGUUUGCUUAUUAUCUUAACUUGAUCAAAUCAAUAUGAAUGUUUUACUUUCUCGUUUUCUCUUAAUUACCUUCAGUUGUAGUUGAAAUGUAUGUUGAUCCACCUAGCCCGCUCACAACAAAUAUACUUUAUUUCACUGUGUAAUGAAUUUAAUUCAUAUGUUUUCUUAUUCUCCUACAAGACCUGUUUUUUUGUUUUGUUACGACCUAUGAUUUUGAUUACUAUCAUCUCUGUUUUCACGUUAUUGGAUAGAUUUGAGAUGUAUGGUUUUAAAAAAUCCUUAUUGGCAAUUGUGUUUUGCAAUCGCCUAAAUUUAUUGGUUACAACCCUAGCUUCCCCAUUUUUUCCGGCCCAGUCGCUCGAUCAGCUGGUUGACGCAUCUUCGUCAGUGUAAUGUACUGUAUCAUAGAUCAAGCAUUCUACUUUUAUUUGUCCGAUGAAUCUCAUUCUUAGACCAAAAUAAAUGGGUUUCUUAAAGUUAUUUUUUGGGCAAAUGAUUAGACAUACUACAGGAUAACCAAAGGAGAGGAUAAGUGAAUGAAAAAGAGUAAUUACAAGAUUGUAUAGCUAUAUAUUUUUAUUGUAAGCGUGUCAAUUUUAAUUGGUGCUUCUUUGUUUAGUGUGUGUAACAUUCUCCGGUAUGUCAAACUUUCCCUUUAGACUUUGUGGCUUCAACUCUAGACCCAU